AUGAGGCGGGGGUCAAGGCCCAGUUCCUCGAAGCUCAGCCUUUCCUCGUCCCCGCCGCCCACAUUCUCAGCCACUCCCUCGGACACCUCCCCCAUGUCCGACCAACAGAAGAAUGAAGACGCUCACUACAAACGGAGAAGAGAUACGACAGCCGCCCCCUUCAGCAAGUUGAAGGUGAUACUCGAGCAGCUAGGUUUCAGAAAUGGCCGCGGAAAAACCCCGGAGAAGGCGACACUCGAGAAAGCAAGACGGCGAGGCGCAACACAGAUGAGACACCCGCAUUCCACAAGCCGCCGCAAGCAGUGCGAGGAGCAGAAGUCGCUCCAGGAGAGGAGGUUUACUCGCCGGCAAGCGAACCAGGCGGAAUGAAUCGGCUUGCAAAACCCUAAACCUGGCCCAGUGGUUGCCAUGGCGGGAGAAAGUCAAUUACCAUAUCGAACCGUAUCAAAAACAUUAAAUUACAAAUAUAACCUUCAUAACUUAAUAAUUCGCUUACACCCUGGUCUGACACGUCAGACUAUGAAUAUUCCCCCGUUGAUGAAAAUUAGAUUAAUAUAAACUAAAUUUAUAAAGUUAUUGUCGUAAUUGGAAAAAAUAUAAGAUUAAUAUUAUCGGUUAAUUUUUACCCAUAUAAGACUAGAUUAUGCCUGAACUCGACGCCUCCGCCGAGCUUUCGCCAUGGCGGUCGCCUCCAAUUCCUCUUCCGCCAUCUUCUUCUCCUCCGCCAGUUCGAACCCGCAGAACCGGCGGCGGACGCCUCCCAGCCUUCUCCGAGCCGCCGUUUCCCCCCGCCAGAGCGUCUGGCCUCCACGAGCUUCCAGUUCCAGCUACAGCUCCAGGCGGCACCCCAACUUCCCGCCGGUGGGUACCUCUAUCUCUCUCUCUUUCUCCCCUUCUGUCUCUGUCGGUCAACUGUGUCUAGGAGUGCGUGGUGCUUAAUCGAUCGAUUCGGUUUUCGAUCAGGAAACGGUGGUGGUGGUCUCUGACGCCGGUAGAUGGCGAGAGAUCAAGGCGCUCAAUGAGGAAGAGUACGUUUCUGAUGGGGAUUAUGAGGAUUACGAGGGGGAAGAGGAGGACAGGAGCUUGGACCUUCUGGUUCGCUUCCUUCAUAAUGUUUUCCGGAAUAUCUCGCGGCGGGUGCGGAAGGCCGUCAGAUCCGUCCUCCCCGUUCCCAUACCCACCAAACUGGUGAGCGAUCAAUCUUCAUCGUCAAUUUUGAGUCAGAAAUUCUUCUCUACGUCUGCAGUAAUCAAUAUUUUUGAUAUCGAUCCCUCGUGCAUUUGGUACAAAGAUGAUUCCAUUUUUCAUUUGUAACGGCAUAAUUUCUCGACAGUCAAUCUUAUUGCCGCUCACUUCAUGGGAAAUCAGGUGGGGUUCUCAGUUGAUGGCAUGUUGGUACUGGCUUUCCUAUGGAUUCUCAAGGCAUUCCUAGAGGUACUCUUUUAUAAGCGCUCACAUUUUCGUGUUUGAGGUUUCUCAUUUCUGCCUGGCAGUAUGCCUACGUCUGUGAGAUGAAGUUAUCGCACAGAAUGUGUAACCUUAUUGUAUUAUUUCAUCAGUAUCAUCUUUCUAAUCAUCAGACCAAGUUGAUACAUGUGAGAAUAAACUGUGUCGUGGUUUCAAUCAAGUAUCUCAUCUAGAAAUAACACGGCCAGAGAGUCUUAUUUCAAUCUGUAACUGGGCCAAGCCUUUUUUUUUUCACCCUGUUCCAUCUUUCUUUUCUUUUUUCUGAAAAAAUUGCACCCUGUCCUUUCUCGGAAUCAAGGUAGUGAUGUAUAAAGAAGGUAGGUUUUCUUACAGAGUGGGGACACUUUACUCCAGCUGAUGCUCGUCUCCCCAAGAUGGUGUGAUGAGUACGUUGCAGACGCUCCGUUGGAUCAUGGAUUGUUAAUGAGAAACUUUUGCUGAUGAUUCUUUUUCCUGUAUGGAUUACACAGUGGGAUGUGAGUAUUCGGUGAGAUGCUGUCUUUCUACAUUCUCUGUAAUUAAGGGAGAGACUCCAAUUGCUUGUUAUACAUGGGCGAUUCAGUUAGAUGGAUGGGAUCAGGGGGUAACCCUGGAACUAUCAGAGUGACAUUGAGAUUUCAUAUUAAACGAUGUCCCUUCCCAUUUCCUUUCUUCCUCAGUAGUUAUGUCUGAGUUCGUUCAUGUGAAUGGCUAGUAUAUUUGGUGAAUGAGGCUCUAGAUUAUAUCUUCUCCUCUGUCCUGUUUGUCUUUGAACCUUUUCCCUUUUCUAAGUGCUGUGGGAGAACGGGAUGGUAGGUGUGGAGCUGCAACACUCUUCAAUUAUAAAUUUAUGUAUUUUUUUGUUUGUUUUACCCAAAACAGAAGGAGCUUUUCUUGGUAAGAGAAAAUAUUAUUUCUCAUGUAAAGGUAUUUGAUAUCUAUCAAAUACGACCAACUUGUGCUACAUCUCAGAAAAUGAUUUUUUUUCCUGUUGCUUCUUCCUCAUCCUUUUUUCUCGUGGUUAUGUCAUUAGAGUCGAGUUUUGGUUCCGAUUUUAGCCUACUUUCAUAGGAAACGAAAUAUUUUUUCUAUAAAACUGUAAUAUCUACAAAUGAUCUUCACAUGGUUGAGAGAUUUUAGCAUUAAAUUAUCUGGGAUAUUAUUGAAGGCAUGAUCUAGAGAAAUCCUCCUAGAAUCAGAUUUGAUGAACAAAAUCACGAGUCUGCAAAAAUUGCCACCACUAGCAUCUUUCUCAGUACGUUUUUUUUCUAGUCUACCGAUUAGCAUGACCUCUUUGACUUCCAAUAACGCUUCAGCCAUCUCAUAAACUGAGACAUUAUGUUUGAGAGGUAAUUACCUCAAACCAGUUAAGUGGAAUAUUCUGAUUAUAGUAAAUUCCAUGCUAAACCUACUAAAAACCUUACCUUGUAACCUACGUGUUACUUAUUUGAUUCCAAUGCUUCCUCCCUCACUCAUGCAACCAUUCUCUUGCCAUUUCUAACUAUCGGUACUUGAUGUUGACUGUAUCCUCCUAGACCUUUGCUUCCUCCUAGCAUACUAAAAUGGGAGUAAAUCCCAUUUAUCUUAGGGAAAAAAUAAUAAUGUAAUAUGAUCAGACCUUCCGAAUGCUCGAUCAUGUUGUUUCAUAGACCGAAAGAAUGAAGAAGCUUCAGCCAUGGUUACCUCCCUUUCUCCACCUUUUUGUUAAGCUGAACUUAGCGCUUGGCAUGCACUCAUAUUAUCCAAGACCAUUCACCCAUUAUAAAAAUACUAAUAAUAAUGACAUAAAUUAUUUCAAACUAUAAGCCCUAAUCAUAUGUGAUAUCUUGCAGGUGGUCUGCACCCUCGGAAGUAUGGUGUUCAUCAGCAUCCUCCUGGUUCGUGGAGUGUGGUCGGGAGUCUCCUACUUCCAGGAGACCCGCUCUGACCAGAGGAGCCGCUUCAACAAUGACGACGAUAGAGCAUGGAGUGGGGUACAGGCCGCCACUUGA